ACACCAUGAAAAUAAAUAUUCAAGUUCAACAAAAGGACACAAUUCAAUUCACGAUUGGAAAUGUCCGCCUCCUGCAGCAUGGAGAGGAACUCAGCUCAGUUUACGCCAUACACAUACGUGUAUCACGACGGGACCGUGUUCGAUUUACAGCCUGUCAGAGUGGUGAGCUCAUGCAGGCUUGACAUCUACACGUUUCCCUUUGACGUCCAGAACUGCACUUUAACCUUUAACUCCUACCUGCAUUCUUUACCUGCAAUACAGAUUGGCCGCUUCAUGUCAACAGAAGAAGUAUUCCAAUAUUCCAAAACAAUGAUGACAACUAUGGGAGAAUGGGAACUCACUGAAAUCAAAUCAUUGCAUCAGCAGCUACCAACUUCGUUUAACAGCACUUAUGAAGAACUUCGCUUCUUUAUUUCAGUGCGGCGCAGGUCCAUGCUGUACGUGGUCAACCUGCUGAUCCCCUCCUGCUUCCUCAUCACAGUGGACCUCUUCAGUUUUCUGCUGCCUCCUCAGAAGGUGGACCGCUCCUUGUUCAAGAUGACCCUCAUCUUGGGUUUCACCGUCUUCCUGCUCCUCAUGAACGACCUGCUGCCCAUCACCGGAAACACCAUUCCGCUCAUAAGUGUGUUCCUGUCCCUUUGCUUGGCUCUGAUGGUAGUGAGUCUUCUGGAAACCAUUCUCAUUACCAACCUGCUGCACAGUUCUACUCACUACUCAGAGGUUCCUCGCUGGAUCAGACUGUCAGUCAUCCACAUUUUGGGCCACCUGGUUCUGCUUCCUCCAAAGCCCACACAAAUGGAGCAGAUCAUCCAGAAUCCCGCCACACUAGAAAUGAACGCUUCCACUAAGAGAGCAAGUGAGGGGGAGGCCCACGGACCAGAGGGCCCACUGGACGAGGACAAGGCCGUGGAGGAACUGAGGAGCCUGGGACGAGACCUCCGAGUCAUCCGGCUGAAAGUGGAACAGGAACUGAACGUCAGCCAGAGCACAGAGGACUGGAACCAAGUAGGUUUCAUCAUAGAUCGCCUGCUGUUCGCCAUCUACAUCCUCUUCUUAUCCGUCAGCUUCAUCUGCAUCAUCGGCAUGUGGGUCAACUCGUACAACGCCUCAUGAGAGAAACUGGCAUGUUGUGCAUUCAUUUAGUGUUUAAAUUUUUUGUCCUGUUUGCGAGUAGGAGCGUUAGUUUUACCCUUUUAAAUUAUUCCACAUCAUUUCGUGAUGUUU